GCACUGGGCAGCGGCUCCUCCAUAUCUUGACGGUAUUCUCUCACUCUCUGAUUCCGUUCUGCUGGGUUCUGGUUCUGGUUGGUUCUCUGAGGAGAGCACCUCCCCUCCAAAAAGCAUGCCAUCUUCUCUUCUUUCCCCCUGAAAAGAUAACCCCUCCGCCUCUUGAGGUAUAAAAAUCUCUUUCUUUACUCUCUGCAACUCAGUUUCUGAGAUAUCCUCAUGGAGAUCUCAGUUGGGCCAUGGAAUUCCUCCAACGGGAACGGGGGGAGAGAUGAAGAUCCAGAUAAUAAGUCUCCUGAAGAGCGGGAGAUGAAGCAGCCCGGGACCAUGAAUAAAAGAGGAAGGAAGUGCAAAAAUGGUCCGACGCAGAAGAAACCGCCACAGAGAGGAUUGGGUGUGGCUCAACUUGAGAGACUAAGGUUGCAAGAGCGAUGGAAGAUGAUGACGGAGAUGGAUCCAUUUCUCUGUCAAAGCUUAAAAGAUCAGGCCCAGUUCCAGUUCUCUUUCCCGUUUGUCAAUCAACAGCCAAGCGGGAUAUCAGCCCCAUUGUCUGGUCUUGGUCCGACGAACUAUGCAGGACCGAAUAGCAGUCUCUUGAGUUCGCACACUUUGGCUUAUUACUCGUGCAGCGUCGGGAACGGCGGGAUUUCCGGAGUUCCCGUUGCUUCUGGGGUACGACCUGUGUAUUACUCCCAGCGGUUUGAGGCGGAUCGGUCAAGGAUCGGCAGUCAUGAAAGGAGGUUCCAGAACGGGCAUUCAAUCGAGAGUCGGAAAGAGCUCUCUUCAAUUCAAACCAUGCAUGGUUUGUCCGAUGAACAGUCCUACCUGUGGGCCAAGUAUAAGAAACACUCUAAUGGCGACAACUUGGAGUAUGGAGGAGCGGGAAGACAUCGAUGGGUAAUGCCGAUAGACGACAGAGGUUUUCUAGGAUUAGAUCUGGGAUGCAACAGGAACCUUGAUGGAGAAAGAGGAAAUGUCGGUGACGGAGCAGGAGGAGCGAGAUUAAGGCUUGACAGACCUAAAGUCCACGAGGAAGCGAAGGUGUUGGCAGUUCAAAGAAAGGGGAGGACGGUGAUAGGGGAAGUGGUGAUGGAGUAUGAUUUCUUCCCGUGCAGUGAAGGAGGAGGAGGAGACAGAAGAAAAAUGGAGAUGAACAACAAUGGUUGGUGUUCGACCCAGCAGACAGAGGGAUCUUCAUCUUCAUCGUCGUCAGCAGCAACAUCAUCAUCAAGAGCAGGAGUAGUGGUGGGUGAGGCUUCUACAAGUAGAAGUGCACAUUUUCUUGAUUUGUCACUGAAGCUCUCCUGCUAGAAGCAUAAAGCAACUUUAAAUGCUUUCUGGUUUCUUUUUGUUUAUAUGCAAUGCAACUGGACCGAACACAAAUUGCAGACUUUCAAGUUUGCUGUUUUUGUGUAGAGAGAGAGGGAGAGAGAGAUUCUAUUUUUUAUAUCACAUUCACAAUGCUUAUUUGGAAUAUAUAUUCCCUUUUUUU